CAAUAACAUCCAAUGACCGUUUGACGCGUGGUCAUUGUUACGCAACGACUGUGGCGGUAGCCAAUCAAAACCAACGAACUCUCUUGACCAUCGUUACAAAGAGAAUUAUUUUGGAGGUGCAAACCGAGGCCUUGGAAAUUAGCUCUCAUGGCUUACGUCGAGCGAGGUGUCGUGAAAUCGAAACGAUCAAUAUGGCGACUGAAAACUAUCACUGAUUUCUUCUGGGCUAUUGUGAAUUUCAUAGGCGUGUUCUUUGCUACUAUGUUCUCGAUGGAAAAGUCAAAUGCUUAUCGGAAAGGGUCUGGUUCUGGAAAGAAAUGGGAUGGUGGCCCAGGAGGGCCUGGAAGUGGACCAUAUGGCGGUGGCCCACGUGGUCCACCUCGAGGCUUAGAUAAUGUUCGAGGAAUUGACCAUAGUUCAUUGCCUGCCUGUGGUUCCUGCUGCGGUUAAUUGCAGAGGCAUCUCUGGUGCUUUUCACUAAUGCUUUUGGUUGGAGAUGUGAUGUAAUAAAAUAUUUAUAUUAAUAGAUCUCUAUAGUGAAAAUUAAUAACAUAUACGUGUCAAUGAAUCAAGAAGGUUUUUGCA